CUCAUUGUGGAAGAUGGCGACCGCACAGUGAGCGCGCCCCCCGCUCCUCCUCCUCGCCCCCCCAGCGCGCGGUGACCGAGCAGACAUGAAGCGGCAGAGCGAGCGCGGGGAGCCCAGCCCCGGCCGCGCCAAACGGGCCCGCGAGCGGCGGGAAGAGGCCGGAGGCGGCGCCCACCACAAGAGCUCGGGCAGGCGGGAGAGGCCCAACCAGGCCGCGGCCUCGUCCUCCUCCACCUCCUCGUCCUCCUCCCGGCGGCCCCGGGACCCCCCGCCCCGGCCGCUCCUGCUGCCCGCCCCGGCAGACAGCUCCGGCCUGGAGUACAAGACGCUGCUGAUCAGCAACCUGGGCUCUGCCCUGCCGGACCCGCUGCUGGAGGACUGGCUCUUCCGGCACUUCCAGCGCUUCGGGGACAUCAGCGUCAAGCUGUCACACACCCCCGAGCUCGGCCGCGUGGCCUACAUCAACUUCCGCCGCCCGGCGGACGCCCGCCAAGCCCGGCACGCCAAGCUGCGCCCCCUGCUGUACGACCGGCCCCUGCGGGUGGAACCGGUCUUCACCCAGCAGCCUGCCCGCCGGCCGGAGCCCGCCCCACUGCCGCUGGCCACUCUGCCGGCCUACCCCCGCUCCACCUCCCCCAGGCACCUGCUGCUGCCCCCAGCCCUCACCUCCACCGCAGCCUCGGGCGAUGGCUACUACCCGCUGUACGAAGAGAGGGCGCGGGGAGCCACGUAUGGCCUGGGCAGCACCAGCACGGCGGACGACGAGCAACUGGCACCGGAGGACGACCAUCGAGCCACCCGCAACCUCUUCAUCGGGAACCUUGACCACACCAUUUCGGAAGUGGACCUCAGGAGGGCCUUUGACAAAUACGGCCCCAUCGAAGAAGUGGUGAUCAAGCGGCCGGCGAGGAAUCAAGGGGCAGCCUACGCCUUCCUUAAGUUUCAAAAUUUAGACAUGGCGCACAGAGCUAAGUUGGCGAUGAGCGGACGUCUGCUGGGACGCAAUGCCAUGAAAAUUGGUUAUGGGAAAGCCAAUCCUAGCACACGCCUCUGGGUGGGAGGGCUGGGGCCCAAUACUUCACUGGCAGCAUUGGCCCGAGAGUUUGACAGAUUUGGAAGCAUCAGGACAGUGGACUAUGUGAAAGGGGACAGCUUUGCCUACAUACAGUACGAAAGUUUGGAUGCUGCUCAGGCUGCUUGUACGCAAAUGAGGGGGUUUGCACUUGGGGAUCGCAGACUUCGUGUGGACUUUGCAAAAGUUACUCCGGAGGAGGCUGCGGCAGCUGCAUCCCGUUAUGCCCCUAUUCAGCCUACUCCAUACCCUUUGCCUCUUCCCUAUGAGCUGCUGCAGUCUGAAGCAUACAGCAGACAUCGGGCAGCUCUUGAACCAGACCUUAGGGUCAGGGAUAGAACCCCUCCACAUCUUCUUUAUUCUGACCGGGAGAGGCCCUUUGUGGAAGCUGGUUGGGUAAACUCAGAAAGACGGAGUGCUGGGCAGGGUGCACGUAGCAGGAGUGGAGAUCGUGGGGGAGGAAGUGGCAGUUCAAGGACUAGGGACGAGAAAAAGCGGAGGCGCAGUUUAUCUGGGGAAAGGGGUAGGAGCAGAGCUGAAAGGAGCCCUGAUAGGCCCAGAAGAGAGCCCUCAGAGAGGGAUCCUGGUACCCCACCGUCCCCACAACACAAUCACCGUCCCCCACCACAAGACAAACCUAGGCCCCCUACCCCUGAACCCCCACAGCCCCGAAGAAACCACCAUCCUAGACCCCCGGAGCCGCCUGCAGAUAGACAGUCCCCAGUGAUAGAGAAGGGACGGACGCUGCCGCCUGUUUGGUGUGGACAUCUUGUACUGAAGAACAGCUGUUUCCCCACUUAUCUACACUUCUUGGAAGGUGACCGUGAUGUACCAAGUGCCCUGCUUAGAGAUCGUUCUACAAACAGUGGGGGCAGCCUGGCACAACUCAAGAUUGCUCAAAGGCUCCGGCUAGAUCAACCCAAGCUUGAGGAGGUUACUCGACGUGUGAGACAGGGCACUACUGGAGGUUAUGCUGUACUGGUUGCUACACAGGCCCCACAGAACGAAGGGGCUGUGCCUGGUGAACCUGGUUUACAGCGCCGACUGCUCAGGAAUCUUGUCUCCUACCUGAAGCAGAAGCAGGCAGCUGGUGUCAUCAGUUUGCCUGUUGGAGGAAGCAACAAGGGCAGAGACUCCAGCGGCAUGCUAUACGCAUUCCCACCAUGUGACUUCCAUCAGUUGUACCAGCAGAGUGCCCAGCGCACUGUGGGCAAGCUAGAAGAAAACAUGAUUAUUGUGCUAGUAAAAGACAGCGCCUGAUCCAGGAGUUACUGUGCCCAAUGGUGCCCUCACAGACUGUCAUGUGCCCUCUCUGACCUCUCUCUGUUAUGGUUUGCAGGAAAUGAUGGGGACAGGGAAACCACAAAUAUACAUGAAAUUGUGACUGAAAAAUCGUCAUUGGGUUAGCCUGGUCAGUGCUGAGGGGGCCUGUAAAACAUUGCAUUACAGACCACUUAAGUACUGAAUGGGUUAAAUACAAUACAACAACAAUUAACUGCACUGCUGUUAUAUAAUUGUGUAAAAUGUAGAGGUGGUAGUCCUUGAGGGACUGUUCCUGAUCUGUCCCCAAAAGAGUAGCUAGUCUUCUGAGCAAAGUUAAUGAUCAGGACCUCUUUUUAAGUGUCAAUAGAUUAAUUCUCCAGUAAACUUACUGCCGGACAGAUUUUUUUUUUUUUUUAUUAGGUGUUUUUCUUGUCUCUAUCUCUGUAUAGAGCCCAAAUGGUUUUGUGUUUUAUGAUGGGUAGAUGGGAGGUAGAAUAGGGUUUGUGUCACAGGGACGGUGGCUAUUUGAUUUUUUUGUUUUAGUUUGUGUGCCUGUGUUGUUUUUGGAGUCCUCGGUAGCAAGAGGGUCCCGAGAGUGCCUUAUGUACAUGUGACGCUAGUGCACUGUGUGCUGUCACUGUGUCCCUCUGGUGGCUGUAUCUGGUGUGGAUUAGGUGAGGGAUGGUUAAGAGAACCCAGGAGUCUGAUUAGUUGCAUUCAUACACUCUGUUUAUAACCACAAGGCCUCCCAGGAUUGGAGGCAGCUCAUUAUUUCUUUAUAAUGAUGCUUUACAUGUGCCCCAGUAAGGGAAGGGAGGGUGGGGGUUUAAACUUGUUACCACACCCUAAAAAUUAGCAGAUCAAGAUGCGGAGGGAGGCUUUAUAUAUACAAAGUUUUUUUUGUUUUGUUUUGUUUUGUUUUAAACUAGAGCUUGUUAACGUGUCAGAGCCAGAACAACAUACCGUAACAUCAUGUUUGUGUUAGUGUAAACUUGUCUAUUUUAUAUCUAUAGUUCAAAGUUUGUGUAGACUUAUAUAUAGAUCUAUAUAUACAUACACAUACACAUGCACAUGUAUUACACUUUAUUUACUUGUGUACACAUGGCUAAAUUAUACGUACAUCUGUAUAACGUUAAAGGGACAUUCCAUGGUAUAUAUAGAUCAUUUUUAUGCAUUUGUUUUGCAUUUACCCUACAUGUGUUGACAUCCGUGUUUGCCAGAAAAUAAGCAAUCUCAGCCAAUCCUGUUCCUUCCAUAGCUCUCUGUGACAAAGCUAUCCUGUUCUCAUGAUCUCUUUUGCUAUAUGGGUUCAUAGGAGGCAUAUAACAGUAAUAUGUCAGUUUACCAUUCAUUUGUCAUUAUGUGACUAGAGAACACGUGAAUGAAUGCAAGUAACAAGUUGCAUCUAUUUUAUUUAAUUUAUUUAUUAAUGAGAAAUGGCCAGCACAUCUUUGUCAGUGCUAUAAUACACUUUCUUGUACAACUACUCUUGAUACACGUAUGGCCUUUUAUGUUUCCCAUCAACUCCGACACCAGGGGUUUAUAGGGGGGAGAAAAAACAUUUCUUUCUUGCCUCCUUUGAGAGACAUGGUAAGUAUUAAAGAUAAGUGAUUAUUGCACCCUUUUUAUUUUUUACUCUCUCAAAAUCCUGCAUCUGGCCUGUAAAGAAUGAAAGAAGAAAAAAAAAAAAAUCAAGUUUUUGUAUGAUGCUGUAUCAGAUGCAUUUUACAUCCUAUGUGCCUAGACUGUCCCUUUAAUUUUACACUCCUAUAUCGAGUUUGUGUUUUUUUUAUACGUGAACUCUUCAAGAGUGUGUGUGUGUGUGUGUGUGUAUGUAUAUAUGUGUGUG